CUGACAGUACUAGAUUUGUAGAACAGAAAACGUAAAUUUUAAAUCGCAGUCUAAUUGCUGUAAACCUGUGCUGGCUUUAGUUGAGCAUCGAGAAAGAGACCAGUAAAUUUGAGUUCCAAAUUCUGCUAACCAGUUUGUGGCAUCUCUCAGUCACUUGAGAAUUUCGUAGCAGUCUAAGGGUGUAUCUGCACUGCAUGCUAUCGAGGAGAAACUGGCAGUGCACGCAAUCUACUCCCGGUUUAUUCAGGUUUUGUCAUGUAUUUUUCUCUUGGGGGUGGAGAUAUUCCCCCAUUACUAGAUGCGUAUUAAAACUCUCCAACUUUCCCACACGAGACAUAAUGUGCCGCUCACCUCCAACAAACAACAAGAGAUCAUUCCUUGCAUCUCCAUUCUUUACACCUCAGCCAGCAUCUGCCUACCUCGCAAAUAUAACCUACCUGUACAAAUGAACGGAAAAUAUACCCAGGUUAUGUUGGAAAAAAGCAAAGAAUGUUCAUGGAGGUGCUUGACGCUGUGUAGUCGUGAGAACAUCAUGGUGGCAUUCAAAGGAAUUUGGACCCAGUCCUUCUGGAGAGCAGUUUCUGGGGAAUUCCUGGCCACUUUGAUCUUUGUCCUCCUUAGUCUGGGCUCUACAAUAAGCUGGGGUGAAAAAGAGAACCCCCCUCCAGCAGACCUGCUGCUCAUCUCCCUGUGUUUUGGACUCAGCAUCGCCACCAUGGUGCAGUGUUUCGGGCACAUCAGUGGGGCUCACAUUAACCCUGCUGUGACAGCAGCCAUGGUCUGCAUGAAGAAACUCAGCCUAGCCAAGUCUCUCUUUUAUGUGGUGGCCCAAUGCCUGGGAGCUGUAGCUGGGGCAGGAAUCCUGUACCUGGUGACGCCCAGUGAUGUGAGAGGUGACUUUGGUGUAACCAUGGUCAACUCCAAGAUCUCUGUUGGUCAUGGGCUGUUGGUUGAACUGUUCAUCACCUUUGAGCUGGUUUUCACAGUCUUUGCAACUUGCGAUUCAAAACGACAGGAUCUUAAAGGUUCAGCAGCUUUGGCCAUUGGCUUUGCUGUCACAAUUGGGCACCUAUUUGCUAUAAACUACACAGGAGCAAGUAUGAAUCCUGCUCGUUCUUUUGGACCUGCAGUUAUUACAGGGAACUGGGUAAACCACUGGGUAUACUGGUUGGGCCCAAUAAUGGGUGGCAUUAUUGCAGCUGCGAUGUACGAAUACCUGUACUGCCCGGACCCUAAAAUGAAGCAACGCCUCAAAGAGGUAUUUUCCAGGGCCUCCUACCCUUCUGGGAAGUACAUGGAAGUGGAUGAGAACAAGAGCCAGGGGGAGGCAGACGACCUAGUGAUCAAGCCUGGGAGCAUCCAUGUCAUUGAUGUGGAAAAGGAGGAGAACAAAGAGAAGGACCCCACCAGUGAGGUGUUGUCCUCAGUAUGACUAGCAAGAAGCACUGGAAAAGGAGAUAACCCUUUGGAACACCUUCGGUACUCUAUUGCAACCCUGAAGGAAACAGACCUUUUGUAGAAACAGAGAAUGCCCUCCUGCCUCAUCUAUUCAACAAACAGCCGAUGCAUACUUAACUGGGGUUUAGUGCAUACAGACGCCUACCUAGUUCCACAGUAAACACCAACAGGAUACCAUCAGAACACAGCAGGUGCCAGUGAUGUGUGUGUAUAUAUAUAUAUAUAUAUAUAUAUAUAUAUAUAUCACAUGGUUUUAUUAUUCCUCUCAAUUCCUUAAUGCUCUUUUUUUUCCUAAUUGGUACUAGGCUAUUUUAUCGUCAAGUAACAAUUGUUUACUGUGUGAGAGAGGCAAUGGUCAGGUAUUUGUUGAUUGAAGGUGUUAAAGUAAACUCUCAAUACGAUGAAGCUGCCUUCUGAUGAAUGUGUUUUAAUUCAACAGGGCAUUGACCAAGGCCUCAAAAAAACAAACCCUUCUGUGAAUCUAUUUCCGGUUUAGCUUUUUCAAAAGCACUUUCUAAAAGGUACUGAUUAGUAAUGCAAAGUUACUAUGGCAAUACUACAGCUGUGCUACAAAUGAAAGUAGUCACAUUCAAACUUUUAGUAGUACUAAGCUGGUAUGGAACUUUUAAGUGACCCAAGCAGAAAGUUAUUUAUUUCCUGUAGUUUUGUUGUUACGGCACACCAGCGGGCAAUAACUACAGUAAUAUCAAUCGUUUAAAUUACAGCACUGCUGGUCUGCACUGUUUGACUUUCCAACUUAUGUACUUCUUAGUGGUAGUAGCACAAACACAGUAAUUUAGUUGUAUUUUUUGGUAAGGGAAGUAGCUUCUCUUAUGUCAAGUUGGGUUUUAAAAUAUUAAAGUAAAUGUACACACAUAUGCUUUACAAUUCUUAUAUUCAGGGCUUUUCUCCUAUUCCAGUGCUUAGUUUGAAAUGUUCUUAGUCCUUAGCAGGACUUUGUUUUCCAAGUGUUUUAUUAAGGUAAGGAUUUGCAUUAUUUUUGUAAUUCUUAUUAGAAUACGUAUCCUGCCAAGGAUGUGUUUUUAUACUGUUAAUUUAAAAUUAUGUUUGAAUGCUGAAAUAUAUACUGUUUUAUCUUUUACUUUGUCAGAUGGUUAGCUGAAAGCAUAAAGUUGAAUUCUGCAAAAUGAAAACUAAAUGAACACAUGUUGUAAUAAUACAACUUACCUGGAAGUGAAAAUGAUGUUUCUUGUGAGAAUCAACCAUAUUAUUGAAAGCAUAUUGUUUUGUUAACCUUGAAGUGGCUGUACUAAUUGAAACCCUAAAAGUGUGACAACUAUUCUUCUCUCUCAUUAGCACCUAGUACCUAUGCAUUUUGCUGUAAAUAUUUUCACUGUCCAGACUUUGUUUUCACUUUGAUUGAGCUAAAGCAUAUUAAACACCUGUUUAAGUUAAUCUCUUGUGCAGCAUGACUAAGGACCCAGCCUGCCCCCAAAAUGUAGUCAGAUGAGUAUGAGGCUCUGGUGGGGUCCUAACAGCUUAGUGUUGUGGUAGGAUAACGUGCUUCACAUGAGUCCAAAUAAAAUAAAAGUCUGGGAAACGAAUUCAGGAAAUAGUACUGGUGAGAAAGUUGUUAAGCUAAAGUAGGGUUAGAAAGUGCUCUUAAAUGCCUAGUUUAUCACUUCUUUAAUAUUUGUAUUAUGUUUUGUAGGUCUGUGCCGAUGUCAUUUUAAACGAAACCGUGAUAGGUUUUAAAAUAAUUAGGUUUCUAGAGCCUAUAUUUAUCACCAGCAAUCAUAACUGACAACAAUUCUUCUUUUUAAUUUGAUUAUAGCUAUGAAAUAAUUCCACACAUCUUGUGCACUUGUAUACAGUGUUGUGCACGUCUAUUCAUUAUGUGGUCUCAGGUGUGCAGUUUUGAAAGAAACACGUUAUGUUUUUUCAUUUUAAAAAAUGAUAUCAGGUACUAUACUAGGUUAAAGAAAUUUCUGUUUGCAAGCCUUACUUUCACAAAGUUUUACUUUUACCUGGAGAGUGAAAUUGUCCUCACCUCUUCAAUACCUUCUUCAGUAGUCAUUGCUGCAUUUUAAAAUGUUAUAAUAUUAAAAUAUAAAUACAUUUGAUGCAUGGAAUCCAAGAAAGAUAAGAAUGUACACUUGACUUGAUUUAAAUAACGAAAUAUUACAGAAUGUACAGUAUAUUGUAUUGUAAGUGUGGUAUUGUUGUCUUAAAACUUGUAUAUUAAAUACCAUAGUUUACAAA